CCCAGAGGCCACUGGCUCUGGGCUCCCCGGCAUGCUGGAAGCCUGCUCAGGACUCCUGAGUGCAUGCUCUGCCCACCCCGGACCGUGCCAUCCCCAGAAUCCAGGCCCCAAGCAUCUGCCUCGCAGCAGGACAGGAGGCAGGACCGGGAGGUGCAGAGGCAGGAAGGGGCUUCACCCUUUCUCAGAUCCUCGGGGAGGCAGGCCCCAGGAUGGCCCGGCUGGGUGGGGCCCUGGAUGUGGGAGUGGACAGGCCCGUGUCUGAGGCCCGGGAGGCCACAGUGGGCGGCCUCACCUCCACUGCCCAGGGCUGCCCCCUGCAGGCCCUGCCGGCCCUGACCAGCGCCCCACCUGCAGGGUAGGAUGAAGCUGGCGCAUGCCCACAGGGGUCAGGACCACCUCCUCGUCCCUUCCCAUUACCACCACACCCAUAUCAAAGUGACAGGCACAGGGGGAGGCCAGGUGGGACCCAGCAGGGGGAGAAGGGAAGAAUGACCCGAGGGGAGCUGGGGACUGGCAAUCCUGCUGCCCUGGGGGACCAGAUAAACCCCGGCCUCUGCGAGGCUGGGCAGGGAAGAGCAGCAGUGCCAGGAGCCACACACUCAGCCUCACACACGACACCCCCAUGCCCGUGGGCACACCACACCCCAGACCCGUGGGCACAUCACACCCCCACAUCCAGCGUGCACAUCGUCAACCACCUGGUCCCACACUCACCACACAUCUGCACGAUCAUCUGCACACUUACUUGCACACUCACUGCCCACGCAUUGCACGCCCCCCAUCCCCCACAGCAGCCCUGGGGCUCUGUUUGUCCAGCCUGGCUCCUCUCUGGCUUGGCUCCCUGGACAGUCCGGCCAAGACGCCCCCUUGGCCGCCCGGAAAGCCUGGGGAGACUCUGCUUGUCUCCCCCACAUGCUCCCAAGGACCUCAGCCUGGCCUGCUCCACGGUCAGCUGAGGGGGCUCAGGAGCAGGCCAGGAGGGGUGUGGGGGUGUGGGAAAGGCCCCCCACCCCGUCCACCGCCAGCGCCCUGGAAUUCGCUGAGCACAGCGGCCAGCCUAAUCCCUGCUCUGCCCGCAGGGUGGCUGAGCCCCUGGAGCGGGGCAGCCAGGAGAGGCCGGGCUGGACUGGGGGGCUUGAGUCACCAGGCGGCUAGACGGCCCCAAAGUCCAGGGCAGGGUGGGUAGGCCUCCACUCUUGACCAGAUUGGGGAGUCUGGGUCCCCGAGACCCUGGAGGCUGUGGCUGACUGGGGGGCUGCCUGGGCCACACCUUGCCUCCAAGAAUGGAGGAGAAGUGCUUUCCUGGGAGUCCUCGGAAGUGGAGUGAAGCCUGAGAGCCACGCAGGCCCCCGAAGAAAGGGGGUGGGGAGGGGGCCACCCUGUCCCGGAGCUGGACUAGAGGACCUGCUGGUGGGGGAGGGCGAGAGGCUGAGGGUGCAGGGAAGGCCGGUGACCUCAUCCCCGGGGCGGGGCCCUGCGCCCCCGCCCAGCCCAGCCGCUAUAUCCCCAGGCUGCGCAGCUCCCCACGGAAGCCGGAGAGAUGGCCCUGCAGUUUGAGGCCUUCCACGCGGGGGGCCUGGCCCCGGGCUGGAACCUGCUGGUGCAGGCACACUCUGACUCCGGAGAGGACCAGUUUGAGAUCAACUUCCUGUCCGAGACGGGCGACAUCGUCUUCCACAUCAAGCCCCGGUUCUCCAGCGCCACCAUGGUGGCCAACGCCUUUCAGGGCGGUCGCUGGGGCCAGGAGGAGGCGUCCAGCGUCUUCCCACUGGUGCUCGGGGAGCCCUUUGAGAUGGAGGUCACCUCGGACGCGGAGCACUUCCACGUCCAUGCCCAGGAGCACAAGGUCCUCCAGUUCGCCCACCGCCACAGGCCGCUGGCCGCCGUCACGAGGGUGCAGGUGCUGAGUGACCACCGCCUGGCCCAGGUGGAGCUGGCCAGGAAAGGCCUGAGCUGGGGGGCUGGGGGCUACUGAGCUGUGUCGGAAGUCCCAGGAUCGAGCCUUGGCCGUUGACCCUCUCACAUCCAGUGAAGCCCACCCUGGAGAAGCUGGGGGGAGAGGGCUCUGUGGUUCUGGGACCCCCAUUUCAGCUCCACAUCCAAUAAAGUUUAAGUAGGCUGCAGAA